AUGUUGACCCGGUCCACCGGCACCGGGACCGGACAGGAGCUGAACGUGUCCCGUCAGCUGCAGCAGCAGAGACAGGGACACCUGGAGGAGCUGGACAGACAGAUCGAAGACAAACAGGACGUUGAAGCUGCAGUGCGUCAGCUGGAGGACAGGGGGCGCCGUCUGAGCCAACAGCAGCUGCAGCUCAACCAGCUCAAGGAGGAGCUGCAACAUAAAAAGGAGGGGCUACAGCAGAAAGAUGAGGAGCUACAGCAGAAAGAGGAGGAGCUGCAACAUAAAGAGGAGGAGCGUGGGGUGAAAGAGGAGGAACUGAACAGGACAGAAGAGCAGCAGCAGGAGGACAGAAGGGAGGACGAGUCUUUCUAUCUGUCUACAGCUGGUCUGAGAUCAGCCUUCAGCUCUGAGGAGGACAGGUGGACGGUGGAGCUGCAGAGAGAAAAACUGAGACAAGAAGAGAACGAACUGAAGGCUCGUCUGCGCUGCAGUCUGUGGACGCAGCAGGACAAUCUGACGGUGAGACGGCUGGAGACAGAGGACACUUUACUGGGACUGAGACACAGACUGGACCAGCUGGACUCCCUGCUCACACACACACACACACACACACACACACACACACAGCUUUAAUUAAUCAGGACGGAGACACAUGAGACAUGUCUGUCCACUCUGAGGACAAACUGUCUCCUGCAGGUUCAUUCAGCUUUAAGAGGAAAACUCGAGCACUUUUUCAGCACUUUCAAAGUUUCUAAACCAAACAUUUCCAGACUCUUAAACAUUUUAUCAUCACAUCGACAUUUGACUGAGUAUCUGCAGAAAAUAAAGAGAAACAUUCACAUUUACAGGAUUUAUUGUUCUUUUCUCUGGGCAGAGGGAAACAUGUAACAUUUGAGGUUUUAUACUUAAGAAAAAGAAAUGCUUUGAAUGUUUAUUGCAAAUAAAAAGUUAUUUUUGUGUCUUUAUUUUGCAUCAAAUGAAACAGAUUUCAGAUCAAAACUGUCAAAAGUGUUUUUUCUGCAGGUAAAAAACACUGUGAUAAAA